AUUGUUCUUGAUUACUAAGUGACAUUUAUAAAAAGCUUAUAAAUGUGGGGUGUGAACAUUGAAAAUGCAAUGCGGAUUUCAAAUGCAAAUGAAAAUUCGCAAUAGCUUUUUUGAUAUUUGAGACGUAGCGCACUAAAGCUUGUAAACGCUGUUACCUAUGGGAGAGGAAAAGUCAGACUCUCGGGAGACAUUUGUUGCAACCUUGAUCAAUCCACUUGAUGCUGACAACAGCAACAGCAAUAGCAGCAGCAACGACAACAGCAACAGCCCCGGAGCUAACAGCAACGACAAAGGCAACAAAAGUGAUCAAGCACACGCUAAGAGCAAAAAAUGUUUAAAAACUGAGCAGCCAGAGAUAAGUGACACAGGCAACAAUGUCAACGAGAAUUCAACAAAAAAAGCAACUACUGAAGCGAGCAACAAAACUGGCAGCAGUAAUGGCAUUAACGAAAAAAGCGAACCAACUGCAACAACAAAAGCAUCAGCAGUCGAUGCACUAGUCGCCAAUCAAAGCGUAGCAGACGCCAAGCCAGCAUUCAAAAUAAGUAUUGUGCCACUGGAGAAACUGCUGGCAGAACCAAACAAGAAGAGCAGUAGCAAUAUCAGCACCAGCCCAAGCAGUAGUCCAAGCACCAGACCAUCUAGAAACGCCGCCGUCGCCGCCGCCGGCAAACUAACCGUACAAGCAAAUAGAACGAAUACUAAUUUAAGGCCAGCCUCUGUGUUGCCGCCACGGCAAACUCGCAAUAAAAACGUAUCGAUUAUCGAACUGAGCGACGAGGAAUUAACUGACGAAGACGAAAGAAUUGUAAGUCCUAGAAAAUCGACACGCAAUAGGCGCAUCACAUCCUCGUCUUCGGAUCAAAGCAGAGAGCGGGCUCAGCAGCUCCCACCAGCGACCAAAAAGAGCUUGCUCUCUAAGCUGCUGAUUGAUAGCGAUAGCGGGGCAAGCGACGAGCCGACGUUCAAGGUGCGUCGCUGUGUGGUGCGUUUGAAGCGCGUCAAGUUGCCUACUGCAGCGCCUAUAUCAAGGGAAGCUGCAUCAUCGGCAGUUGCAGAAAGUGCAGCAUCAGAGAGUGCUGCGUCGGAACGAGCAGAGUCAGAGGGUGCAGCAUCUGAGACUGUAGCAACAGCAACUGCAAAGGAAGCGAACGCAAAGCGCAAGAUGAGCAGUGAUUCAGAGCAGGAAAAGGCGAGCACCUCGAAGCGCAAUCGCCGGAAUAGAAAGGCCAGCGAUAACAAUUCCGAUUACAAAACAGCCGAUGAGGAACAAGCCGAAUCAGACCUGGAUAAUAAAGAUAACUCCGAUGAGGAUGGGGAGGCUAGCGCACAAGCCGAAGAUGGCCAGAGCAGUGCCAGUGAGGUGAUGCCACAACGCAAGCGUCGUAAUUUUGGCAAAAAAGAUGACGGCUCCGCACAGGACUCGUCCGACUUCGAGCCCGAGGAGAAGAAGAAAAAGAAACGUAAACGGAUUAAAAAUAACUCUAGUGGCGACAGCGACGAUGGCGAUGAUGAGAAGAACAAGAACAAGCGUAAGCAUAUACGCAAAAUAAUCAAGACUAAAGAUUUGGAUUUGACCACCAAGGAGGCGGCUAAAGAGGAAGAGGAUCGUCGCAAACGCAUCGAAGAGCGCCAAAAGCUCUAUAAUCGCAUCUUUGAGAAAUCGGAAAGCGUUGAAAUUAGCGAAUUGAUCCUUGACUUUGAUGAGGAGUCCAAGAAGGCGCUGCUUCAGGUGGACAAGGGUCUGCUCAAAAAGCUAAAGCCUCACCAGGUAGAGGGUGUGAAAUUCAUGUGGGAUGCCUGUUUUGAGACGCUCAAAGAAAGCGAGCAAAAGCCCGGCUCUGGUUGCAUCUUGGCCCAUUGCAUGGGUCUGGGCAAAACCUUGCAGGUGGUCACAUUAUCGCACACGCUGCUCGUCAAUACGCGACGCACUGGCGUAGAGCGUGUGCUGAUCAUCUCCCCAUUGAGCACCGUUAAUAACUGGGCCCGCGAGUUUGUCCAUUGGAUGUCUUUCGCCCAUCGGCGCGACAUUGAGGUCUAUGACAUUUCACGCUACAAGGACAAGCCGACUCGCAUCUUCAAGCUGAACGAAUGGUUCGAAGAGGGCGGCGUCUGUAUACUGGGCUACGAUAUGUAUCGCAUAUUGGCCAACGAGAAGGCCAAGGGCUUGCGCAAGAAACAGCGUGAGCAGCUGCAACAAGCACUAGUCGACCCAGGCCCCGACCUAGUGGUCUGCGACGAGGGACAUUUGCUAAAAAAUGAGAAGACAUCCAUUAGCAAGGCGGUCACCCGCAUGCGGACCAAGCGCCGUAUUGUGCUCACCGGCACGCCGCUCCAAAAUAAUCUCAAAGAAUACUAUUGUAUGAUUCAGUUUGUGAAGCCAAAUUUGUUGGGCACAUAUAAGGAAUACAUGAAUCGGUUUGUAAAUCCGAUUAGCAAUGGCCAGUACACGGAUUCUACGGAGCGCGAUUUGCGAUUGAUGAAACAUCGUUCGCAUAUCCUGCACAAGCUGCUUGAGGGCUGUAUUCAACGUCGAGAUUACUCUGUGUUGGCGCCUUAUUUACCGCCGAAGCAUGAGUACGUCGUAUAUACGACACUUUCGGAGCUGCAGCAGCAGCUAUAUGGCUACUAUAUGACAACGCAUCGGGAUCAGGGUAGCUCCGAUAUUUGCGGCAAGGGAGCACGUCUGUUUCAGGACUUCCAGGACUUACGUCGCAUUUGGACCCAUCCUAUGAAUCUGCGCGUGAACAGCGAUAAUGUUAUUGCAAAGCGUUUGCUAAGCAACGACGAUUCAGAUGAAAUGGAAGGCUUCAUCUGUGAUGAUUCCGAGGAGGAAGAUGUAGCGUCUAACUCAUCAGAGAGUGCUGAAUCGUUCAAAUCGGAUGCUAGCUUAACCAUGGUCAGCUCAGAUGCCGCGGGCGGCACUAAAGUAAAGGGUCGUAAGACACGCAACGGUGUACGCUCUGGCUUGGUUGAUAGCGAUUCGGAUGCGGAGUGUACCGGUGGUAGUGCAGCUGUUCAGAAGGAUGAUCCCUCCGAAUGGUGGAAGCCUUUCGUUGAAGAGAGGGAGCUAAACAAUGUCAAUCAUUCCCCCAAACUGCUAAUUCUGUUGCGUUUAUUGCAGCAGUGUGAGGCAAUUGGUGACAAGCUGCUCGUCUUCUCCCAAUCCUUACAAUCUUUGGAUGUCAUUGAACAUUUCCUCUCAUUGGUGGACAGCAACACUAAGGGCUAUGAAUUUGAAGGUGAUGUUGGAAACUUUAAGGGUUGCUGGACACCUGGCGAGGAUUAUUUUCGUUUGGAUGGGUCCUGCAGUGUGGAGCAGCGUGAAUCUAUGUGCAAGAAAUUUAAUAAUGCCAGCAAUUUACGUGCCCGUCUCUUUCUCAUCUCAACACGUGCCGGUGGAUUGGGCAUCAAUUUGGUGGCCGCCAAUCGCGUGGUCAUAUUUGAUGUCUCAUGGAAUCCCUCGCACGAUACGCAGAGCAUCUUUCGUGUGUAUCGUUUCGGGCAGGUGAAGCCUUGCUAUAUAUACCGCUUGAUAGCCAUGGGUACCAUGGAGCAGAAGGUUUAUGAACGUCAGGUGGCCAAGCAGGCAACGGCCAAGCGUGUUAUCGACGAACAACAGAUCUCAAGGCAUUACAAUCAAACGGAUCUAAUGGAAUUGUACACUUACGAGCUCAAGCCGAGCGUUGAGCGCGAGAUGCCGCUGCUGCCCAAGGAUCGUCUGUUUGCUGAGCUUUUGACCGAACAUGAGAAAUUGAUAUUCAAGUACCAUGAGCACGACUCACUGCUGGAGCAGGAGGAGCACGAAAAUCUAACUGAAGAAGAGCGUAAGUCCGCAUGGGCCGAAUACGAGGCCGAGAAGACGCGCGCCGUUCAGGCAUCUCAAUAUAUGAGUUAUGAUCGCAAUGCCUUUGGCGUCCAGAUGGCCAAUCAAUUUGGCAAUGCGUCGGGCAGCGUUACAUCCAAUAAGAUAUUUGGCUUCCGUUCGGAUAUCUUAUUGCAGUUACUCAACAUGAAGAUAUCUAAAGAUCAUCCGGAGUUAACACAAAAUCAAGUCAUACAACUGGUGCCAAGCUAUUUGCAGCAGUUGUACAAUGAGAUGAACAACGGGGAUCCAACCAUGUACAAGGAUCUCUUACAGCUGCAUACGCACAUUGUGCACCCCAGCGGCAUGUAUAUGAAUCCCUUGCUCUAUGCUAAUCAAAACCCAUCGGCAGCGGGCUACACUCAACCAACCGGACAGCCAGCUGGUGGCGCUGUACCUGCGCCUACCACUGCCAAUCCCCCAGGAUUUGAAGCGGACAAGGUAUACGAGAUUGACUAGAUUGCAUCCUCACAAAGUCCAACCAUAUUCACAGACCCAAAUCGACUCAUGCUCUAGAGGGGAAGGUAGAGUUGGGAUUCCGGUUGCUAGAUUGGGAUUCAAUUGCUUGGCGUGCUGUCCCCAAUCCAACAUUAUAUACAUACAUAUGUUGAUUAUUUUUUUUCGAUACGAUUUAAUGUUAGUUAAUUGACGUCUUUAUUUUCAUAUUGAGAACAAAAACAAAACAAAAAAAAACAAAAACAAAAGGAAGAAUUUGUUUUUAUGCGUUCAUGAAUAUAGCCCAAGCAUAACUUUAUAUAGUUUGUACGCCUCAGUUAAGUUAAAAACUGUCCUAAUACAUUUAGAUAUACAUUAGAUAUCGAUACCAAUUCACAUACACACUCAUACAUACAUGCACACACACACCUACACAUAAGCGAGCAAACAUAUAAUGAGUUAUAUACAUAGAUAUAUUAGCUAUUAUACGCGAUCUUUGCUAAGGUCUACAAAAUUUAAAUACACACGCAGUAAAAUAAAAAACAAUAAAUGGCACAGAAUACGAUAAAUA